AUGGAGAAGGUGAACAUCGAGCCAUGUGUGAAGAUGGACACCCAAACCCUUGAUCUUCUCAAGAUAAGAGAUGAUGUCACAUGGUACAUAAGGAAGCUAGGCUUGAGCAAGCUCUUCAAGCUAGAAUGUAGUGAGUACUCACAACUCACCAAGGAGUUCCUCUCUACAGUAGCUCUUGCCUUUCCCAACCACAAUGGAGACCAACCAGCUGGUGAUGGACUCCUACUCUUCAAGAUAGGCGAUGCCAAUGGGCGCAUCUCCAUCUCAGCUCUAUGCCAACUCUUUGGACUUCCCAAUGAGACAGCACAUGACUUCAAGGAGAACUCAAAGAGGAAACAAGCUGCCUUUGCUGAUUGGACACACUUUGCCAAUGAACCAUUCUUGCCUUCAAGGUCAAAGGUGUCUAGAAUCACUCAUCCAGCCAUUCGCUAUGUGCACCGCCUCAUCUCCACCACUUUCCAAUGCAAACAAGAAGCCAACAAGGUCACAACUGAUGAGUUCUACAUCCUCACCACACCAUUCAUCAAGCAUGAGUACAAGGCCAACCUUGGACUUUUACUUGCCAAGACAUUCAUCAAUGUGAGGAAGCUAGCUCAAGACUUGGAAGGCAACAAGAAGCUUUGUGUUCGUUUUGGGAGGCUUAUCACGGCCAUAGUACUGCAUGUGGGGAUUGACAUUCCCAACUAUGAGCCACUACCCAAGCCAACCCCUUUGGAUCUCCAUGCUUUCAGCACAUCCACUUCCUAA